GUGGAUCAUGGCAAUAUCACCACAUACAGUGCACUACUAGCUCUAGAUGUAUUAACAUGUGUGAAUUACAGCACAGCUUAAAUGAAGAUGGCACAAGAUUUUAAAAUCCAUAACGGUAAUUAAUUCGCAGAGGGCGUGUGAUUAAAGUGCUUCCUAUUACAGCGUAAUAAAAAUUUGCUCCCGGACAUAUUAUGAUGGUGAAAAAUAAAGAGAAAUCCAAUCAGAACGGCGCGGGCGGGAAAGAGUGGCGCGAGCGGAGUGAGCCGCUGCUCGCCGUGCCUGAGGAUGAAAGUGAACAUCCUCCUCACAACCUGCCGCGUCUGAGCGUGGUGCUACCAUGUAGCAGUACUUCCAGCGUCGAUCACGCCCCAAACAAACCACGGAGCACUCUCUCACACGGCGAUGAAUCAAUGACUGUGGUCUUGUCAGCGUUUUACGCUAAGUUACUGAUAGUGUUAGGUCUGGCAUUGCCGGUCACUAGCACGAUACAGAAUGAACUCGUUACAAACAUUACCUCAGAUAUAUUUACCAUGUAUUUGUACGUUGUUAGUAUGCUCUUUUUGGCCUACACAUUUUAUCAUUUGAGCAGAGUGAAGAAAAGUAAAGAUGUUAACGUGAAGCGAACUCGUUACGGUAGUUUUUACUUGCAUAUCGGCGUGGCAGGUUUUAGUGUUGGCUCCAUUAUCUACUCGUGCCUACAAAUCGCCGAGUACUUCGAUCUGUCCGGAGACUGUCAGAUAAUUAUAGUCGCCUUAAAGCCGACUCUACGAAUCUUAUUCAUGGUGGCACAAAGUGUAUUUAUAUUUUCCUACACAGAUAUACUGGACCCAAUGCGAGGAGUGGUCCUAGAUAGAUUCGGUUUGAUGCAUUUAAUUGCCACAAAUGUUUGCGAAUGGCUUAACGUAAUCAUACAGGAGACGAGGGAUGACAUUAUCGCUGUAGCUUACAACAGCCUACCUUUCAUAAGAUACACCACUAUUGAUAAACCAACUAAAUCGCCCAUAGCAACAAGCGAUAAAGGAAACUACUUAUAUCAAGAUUACAACAGUACAAGUAUAAGCAAAAAUAUAACAAUACCCGUAGAAAACUGGAGUUGUAAUAUAUCUGAUAUAAUUACGCCAUUAAUUAGAUCAGCCAAUCCGUACCUCAGGCCCUGCGGCGUCGAGUACAGCCUUCUUUGUUCCAUCAUUAUAGUGGUGAUUUGGAACGAUAUUUGCACCGUACCUGGAUCGAAACCUCUAAACGAUGUCAAUUCGAAUGGGAUUUACACGAAAGAUGUGAAGCAAUGCUGUACUAGAAUUAAGUCCAACAAUCACUUCUCUGUGGAUUGCGGCAGCGCGCACAAAGGUCUGUUCAUGGGUAUAGCCGUACUCGCCGGCACCAUUGUAAGCCUCAUGCUUUUCAAUGGACUCUUCCAAAAAGACAAACAUGAGGAACUCGCUUUAUUACAGAUCAAUAUAUGGGAGACAGUUCUGUUUGUUAUCAUGGCGAUCGGUUCAGGUGCCUGUAUUCAGAGAAUGCGUCUAUUAACAUUGCGCAAAAUAUCUACCACAAUGCCUCUGGAGCACGCGUUGCUUCUUGUCACACAAUGUGGGGUCUAUCUUUAUUAUCUCUUUCAAAUCAUAGGAGCUGGCUUUCUAAUUCAAAGAUAUCCUGAGGCCCGACGAGCGACAAGGAUAAUAGCACCGCUAUGUGCAAUUAUACAGAGUUCUUGCCAGUCUUUGCUGGUGCUAGACGCGUGGUCACGGCGAUGCGCGGGCACAGGCGGCAGACCCGGUCGGCAGCUUGUAACAUUUCUCUUGGUCGGCAACUUUGCGCUGUGGCUACUCAAUCGUGUGAAGAACGCGAGAGCUGAAUACCAUCCCCUACAAAUGGAGUUUUUCGGAGUAUGGGCAUGGACGUUGAUCACGCACGUCUCGGUGCCACUUUUAGUUUGCUACAGAUUUCAAGCUACAGUCUGCUUCUACGAAAUAUGGAAGAACUCGUACAAAACCAAAAACGAUGCAAGCAUUCGCGACGAUAAUGAAUUUGAACUGAAAAAUCAUGUAGCUUAAUGAAAAUAAAUUUCCUU